AUGGCGCCGCAGGUUGACUUGUCGCAAUGGGCCGACUUGCCUGUCAUGGCAACCAAGAGCCUCAAGUCGAGACUCCCCACGACGAUUUCGAGAUCUACCAUUCUCAUUGUGGUUUCCCUCAUUUCAACAUGGAUCUUUGCGACCGUACUCGUCCCUCAAGUCAAACCCACCAUCACAUCCCAGAUCGAUGAAGCCCGACAAAGACUUCCCUCAGUCAGCAUUGACUGGGCGCCAAACGACGACCCUCGCAAGAACUACAACACAUCCAAGGUCGCUCUCAUCAUCGAGCCGGAGCCUCUUCCUCUUCUGGUCCCCUUGAUCCUGCACAUGAUCGCCGUCGUGCCCCCGGAUUGGCGAUUCGUCUUUAUCGGAUCCAAGAAGAGCGUCUACACUGUCGGUCGCGAGUACGGCAUUCAGCUGCAACAGGGUCUGGGCAAGAUUGACCUCAUGAGGCUGCCCAGCCCUUGGUCCAUCAAGACCGAAGAGGACUUGAACCGCCUGUACACGGAUUCGCGAUUCUACAACGAGUUUUUGCCUGGAGUUGAGUGGCUCUUGACCUUUGACUCGGAGAGCAUUCUUUGCGCCAAUGCGCAGUCGAGCCUGAACGACUGGUUGGACUACACAUGGGCUGGUGCUGCCAGAGCCGACGUCAAGGCCUUCGCAGGCUACGGAAAGCUCUCGCUGCGACGCGUCUCUGCCAUCCAGCAGGUCCUCGGCUUCCAGAAGCGCUACAACAACACAGAUCAAGAAGACAUUUGGUUCGGAAAGCGUCUCUACAUCCUCCCCGACGCCAAGCUCGCCAACCUGACAAACGAGGUCUUUUCGGUGCAGAACAACGUCACAGAAAAGCCCAUGGGCUACCACGCCCUUGGCCGUGGCAGGGGUCUCGAUAAGGAAGUCUGGGGCAACGUCGAGACACGAAAGGCGGCGCUCGAGUACUGUCCCGAGAUGCACAUGAUUCUUGACAUGAAGCUCGAGAAAGAGAGGUGUCCCCCUGACACGCAGGGUUGA